GGAAGGUGUGGAUUAAAUGUGGAAAGUGUAAAUUUUGACACUUUCAGUGGUGUCAAACCUCUGGAUCACCCACUUUUUUCCUCAAUUGCGAUUUUACCAAUUUUCCAGGCAGCAUUUUCGAUCGGUGCAGUGCAAAUAGUGUCGGUGAAGUAGUUGCGUGAUAAUCCGCGAGCUAAAAUGUUCUAAAGUGCGUGCAGUGGAUUGUCUGAGAAGUUUGGGCGUGUUGUGUGGAAGAAAUAUGGAGCAGCCGAGUAGUCCGUGUUGCAGGAAUAGCUGUGAGAAAAAAGCAAAAAAGUCUCCAUUUACGCUGCAAAUGAAAUGAAAAUUGGAUGCACAUCUCUUUUCCAUCAGCUACCCAAGCAAUUUCACACCAUAAGAGAAACGAAGGCACAAUAGACAAACAGCCGUCCGUGUGUUGGUGAUUUGCUGUAAAGACGCAAGAGACAAGGCUUAAAGGGAGGGCAGAGAAGGCAGAAGAGUGAGAGAGGCGUAAAAAGAAUUGUGUGGAGACAACGUCAAAGAAUCUGGAAUCAUCCGGAAGUGGAAUUGUUUGACAAACGGAGUGAUUCUUCUUCAAAUUGGAGAGAGUUUGGGACGUUAAGACUGAAGGGGAGCGUGUGACUGACACGGCUGCGAUAUAGAUAGUUCUUCUCUUAUUAUAUUUGAGUUUUGCACAAAAAGGGGUAACAAUAAAAGGCCGCCAACCUGGAACUGAUGGAAUUAGAGAAUAUUGUGGCCAAUACGGUCUAUCUGAAAGCCAGAGAAGGUGGCUCAGACAGCAACAAAGGAAAGAGCAAAAAAUGGCGAAAGAUCCUUCAAUUCCCACACAUAUCACAAUGUAUUCAACUCAAGGCAAAAAUUGAUGUGAGUUACAAUUACGUCAUAGAUCAGCAACCGAUUGGCCGAAUUCUCUUUCGAUCAUUCUGCGAACACAAACGUCCACUCUACUUCAGAUACAUCGCAUUCUUGGAUUCUGUAGUCAGAUAUGAAGUGGAGUACGAUGAACAUCGGACGGAAAUAGCUAAGGAGAUUGGUAAGCGUUUUCUGGGGAUUAAUUUGGAGGAUGAGGCCAAUGGGGGAUCACAGCAGCCGGUGCCUUCGGUUACGGAGGCAUCGGAUACUGCCCCUGAAAUUGGUGAGUGCAAAAGUGUACCGGAUGAGGAGGAACAGGUGCAGAUUGUGUUGGAUGUUGCCCCAGAGUGCAUAGAUGGGAAUCAAAUGCCAAAGACUGAGUGUGACAAGGAGGAACUUGUUCUCGAUGUCCUCAAUGUCGACCUCAUUUUGUCCGUGCGGGAAAAGAUCAAUAGCGCCAGUAAAGAGUUAUUUGAACCCUGUGUGACGGCCGUCAAGGCAUUUCUGGCUGGUGAACCGUUCCGGGAAUUUGAAAAUUCAAUGUACUUCCACAGAUUUCUCCAGUGGAAGUGGCUCGAGGCUCAACCAGUCACCUAUAAAACCUUUCGGAUGUACCGUGUUCUGGGAAAAGGAGGAUUUGGCGAAGUGUGUGCAUGUCAAGUUCGUGCAACUGGAAAGAUGUACGCUUGCAAGAAGUUGGAGAAGAAGAGAAUAAAGAAGCGCAAAGGUGAAAGUAUGGUGUUGAUUGAGAAGCAAAUUUUGCAGAAAAUCAAUUCGCGCUUUGUCGUCAAUCUGGCUUAUGCUUAUGAGACGAAGGAUGCUCUAUGUCUCGUUCUUACCAUUAUGAACGGUGGUGACUUAAAGUUUCACAUCUACAACAUGGGCGGUGAGCCGGGAUUUGAACUUCUUCGGGCAAGAUUUUAUGCUGCUGAAGUUGUUUGUGGUUUGGAGCAUCUGCAUCAGCAGGGUAUUGUGUACCGUGAUUGCAAGCCGGAGAAUAUCCUGCUUGAUGAUCAUGGGCAUGUGAGAAUCUCUGAUUUGGGCCUGGCUGUGGAAAUUCCUGAGGGGGAAAUGGUGAGGGGGCGCGUGGGAACGGUGGGUUAUAUGGCGCCUGAGGUGAUAGACAACGAUAAGUACGCAUUUUCGCCGGAUUGGUUUAGUUUUGGGUGCUUGCUCUACGAAAUGAUCGAGGGACAGGCUCCGUUUAGGGCGCGCAAGGAGAAAGUGAAGCGAGAGGAGGUUGAUAGGAGAGUUAAAGAGGACGCUGAAAAAUACUCGCAUAAAUUUAGUGAUGAUGCGAAAUCCUUAUGCCAACAAUUACUUAUGAAAUCUGUGAAGGCACGUCUGGGCUGCCGCAAUGGUCGAUAUGGUGCGCGAGAAGUGAAAUUGCAUCCCUUCUUCAACAUAAUCAACUGGAAGCGUCUGGAGGCGGGAAUGGUCGAUCCGCCUUUUGUGCCUGAUCCACAUGCUGUUUAUGCCAAAGAUGUGCUUGACAUUGAGCAAUUUUCCACGGUAAAGGGUGUGAAUAUUGAUGCAUCCGAUGAGAAUUUCUACACAAAAUUCAACACUGGCUCCGUGCCCAUUUCGUGGCAAAAUGAGAUGAUUGAGACAGAAUGUUUUAGGGAGUUGAAUGUCUUUGCACCAAAUGAAAAUCCCACACCAGAUUUACUCCUCAAUGCACCACCCACUGUUGAGAAGUCCAGUUGUUUUCCAUUCAGGAGAAAGAAGAAGCAACCACCAAGAACACAGCCAAUUCCUAUACCGGAGCACCUUCUCUUGCCUAGUCAGAGCUGAUAGCGCAAUCGUUUGUCACGUCGAUGGAAGAUUUGUGAGAAAUCACAAGUACAUUCAGCUGGUGAUGUGAUGAGAGAUGAAGAUGGUGGCGUGAGUGAGGUAUGGAGUUCAGCUACGACUCCACAAUCAGACAGUCACUCACAUUUGUUGUUCGACAGGAUGAAAGUGCAUAAGAUGAGAACACGUGUGAGUUCUUUUGUAAAGGCAUCCCAUUGUAUAACACUGACAGCAUCAAAUAGUAACUCCUGGCCGCGUUCUUCCUCCCAAUCAUCGUCCCUGACACGUGUCACUGUGGACAAUGCAAUACUGUUCAAUUCUAAAAUAUUUCCAGUACAAAAGGAAUUAAUUUACUGUUACUACUACUAUGAAACUAGUAUUUAAAAAAAAAAGAAAAAAAAACGGUGAAGAAAUGAAAAAAAAAAUGGAGAAAAGAACUGAAGAAAUCAGAUGAAAUUCUGACGAGUUCUUACACAAGAAGAACAAGAUGAAAAAAAAAUCUGCUGUUGUUCCAAGCACACGUCUCCUUCAUUCAUCUCAAACAUCAUCAUCUCAUUCAUCAUUCAAUGUGACUGUUUCAUUGUCGGUAAGAUUCUUUUAGUUUUAUCGCUUAUAACAUUAUUUUAGGAUAUUUUUUUAAGGGUGCAGAUUAAAAUGAAAGGAAAUAUUGUGAAUUAGUUUUUUUUGUAAUUUUUGGGAAUAAUCUGACGUGAUUUCUUUUUUUUUGGAGGGAAAUAUGGGAUACAAAAAUUGGGAAUUUUUCUUAGGAGAAAUCGAAAAAAGAAAUAUUAGGAAUUUUUUUUGUAGAAAAGUCCAAUUGGACAAUCCUUUUAAAAAAAAAUGUAGGUUCUCCUUUUUAGAUAGGAAAGUCAUUCAUACCUGUUACUGUAGAUUUUAUGAUAGGAAAAAAAAAUUGAUUUGUAUAAAAAUGAGUCUCAUUUAGAGCUCCAAAGAAAAUGCUACUAACUCAUGCUGAAAUUACUGAAUCAAUUGGCUCUUUUAGUAAGUCAAGUGAUUGAGUAAAUUUUGUACGAGGCAGUGCAACUAAAAGUUUCUAAAAAAAAUAUUAAGCCAAUUUUUACAAAGCGCAAAAGAAUGAAAAUAAAUGACACAAGUGGGUUUUAUAAAAGUUUUCCUUCGGGAAAAUAAAUCUUUAUACUUGGAACUUAUAUUUUAACCUGAAAUUUUUGAAGCUUCUUAUUUUGCAGGAAAAUCGUAGUGGAUUUUAUAAUUAAGCCCCACCUAUUAGUACAUCAAGCCACGCCCCCUUUUGAAAUAAUUUUCUAACUCUCGAACAAAACAAAAAUUGUUUUGACACAAACGAGUUUGUUAGUCUUCGAAUUGUCAAACUUUUGACAGUACGAAAGUUAACAAUUUGACAAAUCGAAGAUUGUCAAUGAUUUUUAAAUUCUUCUACUUCAACGUCCUUUUUUUAUGAUUUCUUUUGAAUUUCUCAGUGAAUUUCUGAGAUUUGGCAAAAAUUUGUCAAAAGGAGAUUAUUUCGAUGAUGAAAAUCACAAAAGUUUUGUUAAUCAAUUUACCAAUCGCCAAAGGAAAUCAAUUUUGAUACAUAAGUCUAUUAACAUUUUAAAGAAUAUCGAACUUUUCACAAGCAAGAUUUGAAAAGUAUCUCAGAACUUCGGUAUUAAAAAUAACAAAAGUUUGUUACACAUUAAAAAAAUGUGUAAAAUUUUACUACUAUAAUAGUGCAAAAUCGACCAUUUUAUUUGUUUAGUAAUUUAAAAAUGUUUAAAAAUACACAACAUUUUGGUAAUUUAUUGUCACGUUAUUGAAAAUUACCACUAUUAUAGUUGAAAAAUUUUCAACAAUGUUGUUUAAUUUGAAAAUGUGUAAAAUUUUAACACUAUAAUAGUGUGAAAUCGGAUAAAUUAAUUAUUUAAUUGCGAUCUGUGUGAAAUUUCUCACUGUUAUAAUCAUAAAAAUUUUUCAACAAUGUUUCGUGAUUUAAAACUGUUUGACAAAUUCUGAAAAUUACCACUAGUAUGAUUACAGUUUUUCACAUUAUUAUAGUGUGAAAAAAUACACAACUUUAUGGUAUUUUUUUGUCACAUGAUCAAAAAUUAGCACUAUUAUAGUUUGAUCAUAAUUUUUAACACUAUUAUAGUGUGAAGCCUUGUGUAUUUCAACCAAAUUUGUUGAAUUUUUAAGCAAAAGUUGUUGAAUUUUGAGACAAAAGUUGUUGAAUUUUUAAACAAAAGUUGUGUAAAAAAUUGUUGAAUUUCCAAUUAAGACUUAUACUUCAGUCGAGAUGCUUUUCAUUGGGCAAAAGUCAUAUAGAACAUCAAAUCAUUUAUAUGCAUAAUAUGUAUAUCGUGAAGAUUCGAGCAUCAAAUGUAAUCAUUUCGAAUUAGGGGUAUACCGAUUACAGGACAAACCAAUUAAAAUGUCUAAAAAGGCAAAAAAAUCAAAAUCUUCGAAAUGAAAAGAAUCAACAAUCAACAGAAUUCAACAAUUUUUGAAUUUACACAAAAAUUCAACAAUUUUUAAAUUCAACAAUUUUAAAUUAAACACUUUUUCCAAAUUUAACACUAUAAUAGUGUUAAGUUUUUUUUACUGUGUAAUUCAUUGCAUCAACUUACUAUUUAGUCGAAAGUAGUUCAAUUUUGUAAAACAAGUUUGCUAUUUUUAAAAUUAUGAAUUUUUCGACUAAGAAUGCAAAUGUUUGUCGAAUUAGGGCAGAAUCACAUUGACAGUAAAAUGCUCACCGUAUUUCGUUAAUUUAUGCAUUUUCAUUGCAAUUCUUACGCAAAUUCUCGAUUACCGUAUUACCUUAUCUCAUACUCGGUGGCACUAGGUGAAAAUAAUAUAAGAAAAUUGAAAAAAUAAAACGAAAAUGCGGUAAACGGUGAGCGAAAAAAAAACUGUACGAUUAAUUGGAAAAAUUCGAAAAUCUAUUUGAAGAUCCAAAAAAGAGACUUUCUUAUUUCUUAAUACAGUGCUGUCUCUCUAUAUGCACACUCUCUAUAUGCACAGCUUUUGUGUCGGUUGCAUUCAAAAUCAAUUUGUUUACAUUUUGACAAAGUAAUAAAGAAAAUUAUUUUCUUGGUAACUAAUUUUUCUUGUUUUUAAUUUACUUAAUUUUAUUUUUUCUGUCUCAUAUUAUAUUUAAAAUAACACGGGAAAUUCUAGAACAAUAAAAAAAAAUAUAAUUUAUUAAAAGAAAGAAAAAAACCGUUAGGAUUUUCAAAAAAAGUUGUGCAUAUUCAGAGAGAGAACUGUCAAAAAAAGUACCCAAACUGUGCAUAUAACGAGACAGCACUGUACUUUCGCAAGGUAGCGGAAGUUAGAUCCUGUUCGAAUUUCGAAGUGUUCAAGUGUCAAAAUGUGACGGUCAUCACAUUGUUGUGAGGAAAACAGCAGAACAACGACGUUUACUGUUCUUGCCUCAGUAUUUAAUCACUCCAUAAGCAGUGAGUAACUUUUUUGCCAGCUUUUUAGUGUGUUAUUUGAUAAAUUUUCCCCACCUUGUUCGAAAAUUUAGUAUGAAAAUUCGAAAUCGAAUUUGAAUUCUUCGAACUUCAACGACUUUUUGUGCAAAUAGAGUCCCAUUUACCUUUUAUCCAAGACACUAUUGGAGAAUCCAAAUCUACUUCUGUUUGAGCCCAACUCCCUCCUUCCUCUCCAAAAUCAUGUUUUAUUGGUUUAUUUCGAAAACGACUCCUACGAUUUAUUUCAUUUUCGAAUAUGUUUUGGAGCUAGUCAGCACGAAUAUUUCGUCCUUACACACCUAUGUUCCAAAAAUAUUUCGAUAUCGAAUUUUCGAAGAUCAAAGUUUAACCACUUUGGAGGGCAUAUUUUUCAAGGGAUUUGCUUAAAUUUAUAUAUAUAUUUUUAAAAGACCUUGUAAUUUUCAACACUACUACAUCGAAAUAGUUCGGUCAUGUGUCGGUAUAGUUCCCAUAAGUGAUGUUAUCUUUCUAAAAAAAAUCAAAAAUAUGUUUUAUUUGUUCGAAAGCUUGUGACACGGGUAGAGGCUAAACGGUAAGAGAUAUCGACUUCUUAUCUUCGACGGCCUCACCAUAAGUCAAUAUUAUCUAGGGCAGUCUUUAUGCCCCUACCCCCUUCCGUUCCCUCCAAAACCAUGUUCUCUUGGUUUAUUUCGGAAACGGCUCCUACGAUUUCUUUCAUUUUCAAAUAUGUUUUGGAGCUAGUCAGGAGGAAUAUUUCGUCCUUGGACAACUACGUUCGAAAAAUAUUUCGAUAUCGAAUUUUCGAAGGUCAAAGUUUUACCACUUUGGAGGGCCUAUUUUCAAUCGAUUUGCUUGAAUUUGGAAUUUUUUGAGAGGUCUUGAAAUUUCCAAUCCGGCUGCAUCGGCGGACUUAAUUGGUCAUGAGACGUUAUUCAUGCUAAAGUAUUCUAAAUCUUACACUUUUAAAGCAAUUUCUUAUUUUGGAAUGGGUUUUUUGUAAUUCGUCAAUCAAUUUAAUCGGUAGUGAAGCGGUGCGUUCCCAAAAAACAUGCGAAAAGAUAAUACAAGGAUGGUUCUUUCUCGAGAGUUCGAGCACUCUGUAAAGCUGGAACGCUUUUCCAUCUCUUUUUAACUCAAUUGUCAAAAGUGUCAUAGAACUUUUUUUUUUAAGAAUUAUCACAGUCGGAGUACGCUAAAAUCUGGACAGCGCUAAAAGCUGGACAGCGCUAAAAGUUGGACCAUGAAGGGUGGUUUCAGCAUACAAAUUUAUAUAAAGUAGAGCUGUUCCUUAAGUGUUCGCCUUUCCAAAUUUUACUCUAGCGACAAAAACCCGUAGAGGUAAUGUGUUAUUGUAGAAGUGUCGUAAGGGCGUGACCUAUUUUAUUAUUUUUUCAAACUGAGUUUUUGACUGAAAUAUCAGGAAUAGUUGAUCUGAGUGGACAAAUGACGUAUUUAAAAAUUCGUAAUCCUAUUAUUUUAUUUACUGAAGGGGCGUGGCUUAUAAUUUUUAGAGGGUGGAGCUUAUUUAGACAUUAUUACUAUUUUCCUGGAUAUAGUUAGGCUCUAAUUUUCUCCGAAUACUUCCUCCUUUCUUCUGUACAUAAAUAAUCUGUAAAGCUUUCUUUAUUUUUUAUUUUAUUUUUCAAAUAAUUUAAAUGCCGAAAUUUUGAAGAAUCUUAAACUGUAGAUAAAAUGCAACAGAAUCACACAAAAAAAAAUUGAGACUUGGGACCUUUUUCUUUGUUGUAAAUGAAAUUUGCCAAUAUUUUUUUUUCCUGUAAAUUAAUUUGUAAAUCAUGGGACGGUGAUACUUAAGAAAAAAAUAGUGCAUUUUAUUUGCGUUCAAUAUCGAUGGUGAUACAACAGGAUUUAUCUCUUAUUUGUUUUCUUUGAUAAUUUUACAAGAUAAUUAGUAGAACUUUUUUUUUAUAUAGCGGUCAGAGGAAUAAUGGUUAUUAAAUUAAAUAAAUAAAUAAAAAAAGAAACUUAAACACAAAAAAAACACGGAAUUACUUAAGAAAAGCGUCCUUACGUUUCAUAAAAAAACACAUAAUGGCCACUGAUAGCUUUUAAAAUAAAAAUAAAAGGAAAAUAAAAAAAAACUUAACAAUAGAGACACUAAAUAAGAAACAUAUUUAAGGAUGAUAAAGUUAAAAGAAUAAAUAAAUAAAUGAAGGAAAAAAAAAAGAAAUACACAUUGUAAAUCACUAAAC